AUGUGGUUUUCGCAAGCUGACCAGGCAUUCUCUGAGGAAAAACUUGAACAAGUUAAUGGAUUCCUGAUCAAUAUCUUCUCUGCCACAUUCAUUGCUUUUAACCUCUGCCUCAUCAGCAGCCCGACAAUAAAGAUUACUGCUUUUCCCAUCUCUCGCGGUAUGUCGGUUUACAGUGAGUGUUGCAGAAGGCGGAUGAUAGCAUCGGGUGUUGACAUGGAAAACAAAGGGACAACCACAUUGAUGAGACGUUACGAGUUGGGGAAACUGUUGGGGCAAGGCACCUUUGCAAAGGUCUAUCAUGCAAAGGAUGUUACUACCGGUUCAAAUGUGGCCAUCAAGAUCAUUGACAAGGAAAAGAUUUUGAGGGUUGGCAUGGCUGAUCAAAUCAAAAGGGAGAUUUCUGUGAUGAAACUGGUUAGGCAUCCGAACAUUGUGCAACUUUAUGAGGUUAUGGCUAGCAAAAACAAGAUCUAUUUUGUCAUGGAAUAUAUGAGAGGAGGUGAGCUCUUCAAAAAGCGCGCUCGCGGGAUCAAAGAGGCAGGAUGGCUUGCUCCACACUACCUGUGGCACGCCUUCCUAUUUCGCCGGCUAAUCUCCAAAAUAUUGGAUCCAAAUCCGAACACCAGGAUAUCUAUACCUAAAAUCAUGGAAAAUCCUUGGUUCCGAAAGGGUUUUGAACCGAGUAUUGAAAGAGAAGCCAGUUGUGAUAGGAAGGCUGUAAUAAGGCUUGAUACAAAAGAGACUGGAAUCGAUUCACACCCGGGAUAUAAACCUGGUGGGACAAAUUGUAGCAAUGAACAAACGGCAAAAACCAUCAUCUCAAAGCUAGAGGAGUUAGCGGGGCGUCUAGGUUUGAAGGUAAGUAAAAAGGACAGAGGGUUGAUGAAACUAGAAAGAUCAAAGGCGGGCCGGAAAGGGGAAUUGUGUAUCGACGCAGAGAUCUUUGAGAUCACUCCAGAAUUUCAUUUGGUAGAGGUGAAAAAGUGUACUGGGGAUACCGUAGAAUAUGACCAGAUGGUUAAGCAGGACAUAAGGCCAGCAUUGAAGGACAUUGUAUGGGCAUGGCAAGGCAAUAUGCCAGAGCAACUACUUCCUCAGCUGCCGGAGAUGCCACAGGAACAGCACCAGCUCUCUCAAGUGCCUGCUGUUUUAGAGGCUGCAGGUUCAGCUGAGCUUCCUUGA